AUGUCCAGCUUCACCACUGCGGAUCGCCGCAAGAAGGUCAUCACAUACGGCAAGAAGUCUCGACCAUCCAUCAUCCCAACACCGCCACCAGACCUAGCGGAGGAGCCGCCUUCACCCAAUCGACCAAGAAAGACGGUCGCGCGGAAGAACGAGGCGUCGCAUGGUGGGGGAGGAGGAGCAUUGAAGCCGGCGAAGGCUGCGGAGAAAAUGCGACCGAGUGUGAAGGAUCAUGAUAUCUUCGACGUCCCUUCAGACGACGAGCUUCCAAGUCGCCCCAUAAGGCAUGCGAAGAAGCCCCGAAUCCCAGAAGCAAAUCGGCAUGUGCCAGCUGCGGACACAGAAGCAUCUACGCGUUCACGGAAACAGCAUCAGAACCACACUCCACAGCAGUUGCCCAAACCUAAGACUACGAAGCCUGAAGCCGCAGAUGCAAAGAUCGUACGCAAAGCCGACCGACCAACGCCGGCAGGAAACCCUACACAAGCACCGAAGAGUACAACUGCUCCAGCGCUACGGCGCGGGCGGACACCCCAACCGGUGCAAGAUGUGGCAACACAAAAGUCUACGAAGCAGCCAGUGGCGGACAGCAAGACAAUAUCGCGCGCUACGACACCAGCAGUUUCUGCGUCCAAACCCAUGACGAAAGCGAGAGGCGUACCUGCCACGACUUUGAAAAAGGCGACGACCAAGACCACCGCGAAGGCGUCGGGCGAUAUGGAUGUGUACGAUAUGCCUUUAUCAGACGAUGAGAUGACUAUACUACCGCGGAAGCCGUUGCGCAUAGGCCGUGUUUCACAACAGAAAAAUGCAACUGGGCAGCAGCAGACUUCAAAAGAGAGAGCUCCAAAGCACUCUGCGGAGUCUGAUGACUCCAAUAUAUCGAAAAAACGGAAGCGACGAGGGUCAGUCUCCGCUGUAAACACGGGCAGAGCACAGGUCAGUUCUGAACUCGAUCUGUCCGCCCCUCAACGUAGUCGCAAACUCCAGAGGAAAGAAGAUGGCAUAUCUCCACGGCAUGAAGACAACAUGGAAUCGAGCAUGGUGCCCUCACAACCACGGGCUCCACCUACAGUACCGGCCAUUAAUAAGCCGAGGAGGACACGUCAGCUUACCGUCCCUGUAUUCUCCCGACGAAAGAUGAGUACGGGUCAGUCAUCGCCAGCUAAAUUGAGCAAUAUGCUGCAUGGUUCAACAGCAAAAUCUCCCUCAAUACUUGAAGCACCACACUCUCCCAGAACAGAGGAUGAAACGAUGUAUGAAAUCCCCAAUCCACUUACUACUCCGAUUCCUUCAAAAUCUACAGUCUCAGGCUCCGUCACUCCACGUCAAAAGGCCCUGUUCAGUAGCCUUCUAGGCGAUCAACCCUCGCGAACACCCAUGCCGAGCCUUGCGUCCUUGACAUUAACGGAUCAAAAACCGAGGACUCUACUCGGCGCUCUAUCAAGAUCGAAAUCGGACAUGACUCAUAGCGCGCAAGCACGAAAGAUGCGGCUUAUCGAUACUCUGAAGGACGAAAACGCGAGUUCCGAAGACGAUGAAGAGAUGGGCUCAAGCGACGACCAGAGCGAAGCAUCGAGCGAGCAGAGUCUUGGCGAGGGGUCUGCCAGCUUGCGCCGGCUUGGUGCACGGAUAGAUCAGUCGGCAGAGCCCCAAUUUUCAGCCGAUGUCCAUCUUGAGGAUAUGGAUGUAGAACUGGAGCGAGCAGUCGAGUCACAAACAUCGCAAACGACGUCUUUCGGCACCCGUGCGAAGUUGACAUAUGCAAAAUCAAGAUCAUAUCUUGAAGAAGCCAACCCUGAGGACGCACUUCUGAUUUUGGACGAUGAUCUUGAUUUCGACACACAAACCAAAGAUGGCCUUUCAGGUGAUGAUGAAGGUCCUGCAAGCCAAGUCCAAGCGACUCAUGUACUCAAGAAGAAAGGGCAGCAGAAUACUUUCAACGACGAUGUACGGAUGUACAUUGAUGAUCUUCCAAUCAGCAGUGGCAACACGGUCAGGCGAAGCGCCAUCUUGGAGCUCUGUUCCAGAAUGGAAGACGAAGCGUUCAGCAACCAGCUAUUGGACUCUACACUGGCACGCUCGUUUUUUGAAAACAUUAAUUCCAACGGCGAGGUUAUAUUUGAUGUUGUUACCGCUGUCGUCGUGACAUUGAUACUCCAAGCAAGCCCUACCAGUGUCGUCUUGGAUCAGAUCUACCGGGCCGGCGUCGUGUCUAGCCUGGUUAGUCUUGCAACUAACGAUGUUGAGAUCAUGCGCCUUGCAAAGAACCGCAAGACGAACCUGUCCCUAAUAGCGGUGGAGUCUGUUAAACAGUUUCACUGCCGACUAUCAACGUCCUCGGUAUGGUCAGAGCACGGCCUGGACAGAUUCACGCCGCAAGUCUUGGCUUUGAAAGCGUUGGAGUCACUUGUGGUUGGCUUGAGACGCUCUGGUAGCGCCGAAUGUCCUCUGGACCAGGAUCAGGUCCUGAUCCUUAUUGAAGUCGCCUCAAAAACGUGCGCGCGCAUUGAAGAUGGCAAAGUGAGCGUACAUGAUUCUCAAGUCCUCUACUUGGUUGUUUCGAUCCUAGAAUCAGUCUCUGGCGCACGACAGAAGCCGGUGCUAUGGUCAGGGAAGAUACUGGGGCGCUUGGCAGAAGUCAUGCCUGUUGUAUUUGGACUCGAAGAUGCGUCUUCGACCAUGCUCACAGUGAAGCUGUGUAUGAACCUCACCAACAACAAGCCCAAAGCUUGCUUGCCAUUUUCCGGAGAGAAGUUUGUCCAGCCUCUGGUGUCAGGUGUCACACGAAACUUUGCACGCUUGCGCUCUGAGCUCAGUCAGGAGGAACGAACGACUGUGCUUGAGAUGUUGAUUCUGAGCUUGGGCGCUCUGAUUAAUCUUGCAGAGUUCAGCGACCAAGCGAGAUUAAGUGUCGACGAUGGUCAGCAAAUGAUCAGCACCCUUGUGCGGAUUUUCGUCGAAGGCUCUGAACGCGCUGCGCAGGCGCAAUCUAUGGAAGAAUCCCAAUCGAAUGUGCCCGUCGGCUAUCUUACUGUUCUGCUCGGGAAUCUUUGUCUCAACGACAGUACGAGGUCGAAGGUUUGCGCCCAACUGCCGGAUCAACGACUGGGUGUAUUGAUUACGAAGAUCCGGGAGUUUGUGCAGUAUCACGAGCACGUUGAUGGUAAGACUGAGCAGUACGAAGGCGCCGAGGGCCGUGAGACUUGGCAGAAUUACACGGCACGACUGAUGCUUGUGGUGGAGAAGCUAGAAAGAACGGAGAGGUGA